CAAACUUUAAAAGAAUAACCAGUGGGAUUGAUUUCAAUUUCACAUAACCAAGUACUAAGUUGCCACUAGAUUGAGUACAUCUGUGCAAGUCAUUGUAGCUUCCGGUAAAAUUAUAAAGCAAGUUUUGAUUUGGAUUACCUGAAUCAGUCACUGCUCAAUAUAUUUUUUCAUUGCAGCAAUGGUGAGUAAUUUUACAUUAUUAUUAGCUUUUUGCCUCACUCGCGCAUUUUAGCCUUUAAAAUUAAAUACCAAUUAAAGAGUAGUUGGUAACUAGUAUUUUGAUUAUUUUAUUGUUGUCAAUAAUAUAUUAAAAUAAUUAAAAUACCUUUACUUUUCUUUUCAUUUUCUUUUUUAAUUUUAAUGAUUUAAUGUCAUGCAUAAUAAUUAAUAAUAAUAAGGCAAUAUAAAUAUAAUAAUACUAACUAAAUAAUAAAUAGUAUCACAGUGCUUAGGGUGAGACAACUCUUGGCAAAACCCAUACAGCUAAAACAAAAUUUACCCACACUGCUAACCCCAACUUUUUGACUGGUCCAUUUAAAGACAGUCUGCAUUUUUCUGCAAUAUUAGUAUAUUAAUUAGUGUAUAAGCUGUUAUUAUGUUAUAUAUAGUUAAUAAACAGUCGACCCUCCCUUAUCGCGGUUAAUCAGUUCCAGACUCUACCAUGAUAGGUGAAUUUCCGCAAAGUAGGAGUCUUUAAUGUCUUUAUUUAUUAAUCCAAUAUUUCGUAGUUAGAGUUAGUUAGAGUUAGAACAUAGGAAACCUGAUUACGACCUAAAUAAGUUUUUCAACAUUAUUAGAGAUCCUAGACAUGAAAUAACUGACCAUGCAAUAUCAUCUGACGAAGUGGUUAUGCGCAGCCGACUGCGUAUAACCCUGAGAGUUAUACGCAGUCGGCAAGUCACGUGACGUCUAUAUUCUUCCUGUGUUACACUAUCGAUCAAUAAGGGGCCUUGCUAUCGGGGUGACUGUGUGGUCGAAUGGUCUAAACUGACCAAACCUCAAGUUGAUGGUCUGGAGUUCAAUUCCAGCCAACCGCAAGCCAUGAAUACGCAUUAGUUGCUAUGCUUUUUCUCGAGAAUGAAGCAACAACUAGGCUUAUUGUUUUACUUUUUUUUUGGCUAAAAAAUGUUAAAACAUGAGAAGAAUUAUUAACUUGACCAAUGUAAUGUUUAUAAUGUUAUACUUAUAAUUAUCAAAUAUAUGUUUGAAUGUUUGUGUUGCUAACUAAUUUUGUGGCAGAUAAAAUCAUGUUUCACUGGUACAGUAAUAAAAAUAAUCAUGGGUUGAGAGUAGCAGUAAAAAAAUCGCUGUAGAGGCAGAGGGUUCUGUAGAGGGAGCACUGUAAGUAAUACUUUCACACAGUUAUAGUUUUGCAUGGAACCUGAAAACUGUUACAUUUAGGUCAUCAAAAAAAAAAUCAUAAAUGAUAAAAUUUAAAAAAAGAUAAAUAGAAUGUAUUUCCUGAAUUAGUCAGUAAAACCAACCACAUGGUCAUAGCAACAUAUAAAAACCUAAUCAAUCAAAAUACAGAACUAGACUUAGACCAUGGAAAUGCCUUUAAAAAAAAAUCUAAGACUUAGGCUUAGACUCUAAGAAAAGUAGACUUUGACUUAUACUUAUAAUUAUAAUAUAUAAGAUACAAGCAAUAAUACUAAUAAUAGCACUAAUACUAAUAGUAUUGCUAUCAUCAAUUUCAAUAUUAAUUAAAAUUAAUUCAAUUAAAAUUUUACGUUAAACACAUUAAAAGUUCUAGUUCAAAACAACCCAUCAUGCAGCUCAUUACGCAUAAUACUUUUUUUUAAAAUUGCCUGUCAAGCGAUAAUAAACCUUAUUUGGCUAGAUUCCUAGCCGACUGCGUAUAACCCUGAGAGUUAUACGCAGUCGGCUGUGAAUAACCCUCAGGGUUAUAACCCUCAGGGUUAUGCGCAGUCGACUGCGUAUAACUCUCAGGGUUAUACGCAGCCGACUGCGUAUAACGCUUCCCAUCAUCUGAUCUUCAUAGUUUCCUCAAGAUUUCUGUUGAAACUAGUGAAACUCAAUAAAUGAUCUGACAACGCAAUGAGUGUGUUUCAGUUCAGUUAGGACAUAUAUAUGGUGUUUUCUGACCUAUUUGAUCCCAUUUGUCUGUCACAUGAUUUUGUGCACCAGUUCUAUACUUGUGUACCAUCAUGUUUGAAGUAAUUGACAGAAAACUUUAAUUAAAUGAAUUUAAUAAUUAAAUAAGGCAAUGAAUAAUCAACAUAUAUAGGUUUAAGGGUGACUGGCUGGCUGUGAGGUCCAAUUAGUUCAAUACAAAACUUGUGGACCGGAGUUCAGGGAAAACAACAAUUGCACUCUGAUGGAUGGUAGCUCAUGUAGGAGAAGAAAAAAUUAAAGAAAAAUCAGAAGAUAUAGACCUGUAGGCCGUAUGACGUUAACUAAAUGAAAAUUCUGGCAACUCUUGUGAUGUCUGUGGUGGCAAGCUGUAUCACUCAUCCACAUGUUCCCUUGGGAUCACCGAUGCUUUGAGAGAAGGUUCUGCUGACAUGGUACAGGGUGUUUUCUCUAAAUAAAAUCCUAUGCCAUGUGAUUUAAUCCUGUGAAAACCACACCAUCAUCUCAUUGAGACUGACAGAUGCCCAAAAAAAAAAAAAGUUUAGUUUAACUACAGGCAAGUUUAUUUCUAUCAAUAGGUAGUCUGUUAGUCACAAAUAUAUAGGAUCAUCAAUCUUUGUUUUUUCUACAGAGUAUCUUGGCCUACAAUGGGGCAGCCAUUAUGGCUAUGAAAGGUAAAAACUGUGUUGCGAUUGCAGCUGACAGACGUUUUGGUGUGCAAGGUCAAACUGUGAGCAUGGAUUUCGACAAAGUUUUUGAAAUGGGACCUAACUUGUUUUUAGGACUGCCAGGGCUUGCCACUGAUGUUCAGACAGUGUAAGUUUUAUACGUUUGGAUGGAUGUAAACGAUAAUCACAUUUCUUAAAAUUUAAAAAAAUCAGAUUUCUGUAGUCAAGCAUUUGUUUUCCAAAUAAAUAUAACAGGAUUAACACCCAUACACCUUAGAAGAAGUUUAUAUAGAGUACAUAAUGUUUUAUCAAUGCAAUUUCCUGUUAACACUUGAGGACUUCCACAAAACAUAGCAACAUUAGCUAACAACAAUUUGGUGUGACAUUAAAAAAUAAUCAACAUAAAAUAAAAAAUAUACAAGUAUUGUAUUUCUUUUCAUUUUUUUUUCUGACACAAAAUAAUAAUAUGAAGGAAAUGGCUAUUUUGAAGAAAAAAUUGAAUAAGUUAUAGUCAUAUAUUAAAAUGAUGAUUUGUUUAUUGCUAUACAGGUUUCAAAGGCUUAAGUUUAGACUCAACAUGUAUGAACUCAGGGAGAACAGAAGGAUUAAGCCCAAGACUUUUAUGAGUAUGGUGUCAAAUUUACUUUAUGAAAGAAGGUAGGGAAGAAUAUAGAGUCUGUUUUCUCCAAUUAACUUUGAUUGCUGCACAGUUACACUAAAAUUUGUGAAAUCAAUAGUAACUUAGUAUUUAAUAAAAUAAUUAACUUACGCUUAAAAAUUGGUUUGAAUUAAAAACUUUUUUUUUCCUUAAUAAGUAGUACUAGUAGACUGCUUUAAAAAAGCAAACAAAACUGUUCUGCUUUUCUUUAACAUCUGUAUGACAAAAUUGUAAUGAAUUUUGUGGAAUGGAGAAACUUGUCUGCUUUUAAAAUGCAUACAUAAGACUUAAUUUUAAUGUCCAGAAAUUAAUAGUUAUUGAGACUGCUUAAUGAGGAUUUUAAUAUUUUACUCCUAAAAUGCUUUAUUAUUGCGACAGUUUUGAAAAUAUGUAUGGUGGAAAUUUUUGUGUGUAAAAAGUACUGACCAAAAUUUCAAUAGAAAGCAUUUAUCAAAGGAUUUAAAGUACAAAGUAACACAGUAAAAGCUGUGAAAUACAAGGAAUACAUUUUUUAAAUAACUCAAUGUUACCUGGUUAACAUUUUAAUUGCUUCUACUAAAUCAAGUUAAAGUAAUUUCAUGAGUUAGCCUAAAUUUUAUGCAAUGCUUAUAAUUUUACAUGCAUGACACAUGAAAGUGAGGAGAAAAUGCUAUUAAAGCCAGUGCUCCUAUAAAAAUAUAUUUGAAAGACCUCUUAACUGUACUUAAUGUACUCACCAUGGUCCUAAGUUUAAUUUGCUCCUUCAGACUUAGUAAUCUUUUAGCAAUGUGUAUUUUAACACUUAUUAUCUUAAUCAACAGAUUCGGGCCUUACUUUGUGGAGCCAGUCAUCGCAGGUUUGGAUCCCAAAACACAUGAACCGUACAUUGCGUCCAUGGAUCUCAUUGGCUGCCCAAUGGAGACAAAUGAUUUUGUUGUCAGUGGAACUUGCUCAGAACAAAUGUAUGGCAUGUGUGAAUCUUUGUGGGAACCUGACUUGGUAAGUUAUUUUAAUUCAGGAGAAGAUAUUUAAAAUUUUUAAGGCAGCAAUUUAUUCUAAUGAUAAUCAUAAAUCUUUACGUUUUCAUGAACUUGGGUUUUUAUCAAACUCUCCUUAUUUUGGUGUUCAAGAUUCAAAGGCUUAAUAAAUGUUUCUAAAUGGCAAAAUUAAUAAAAUUCUCAUUCUGAUUUUAUUCCAUAAUCAAUAAUACCUAAUUUAAUGGAAGUUAAUAUGCCUAUGUUGACUAUGGAGUAGAACAGUUCCCAAGUUACACUCAGUACGAUCACCAUACUUAAUUACUUAAAUUAUCUGUAUGUUCUAAACAUAUUGCUUUGCCAAAGUUUAUGCUCUGGAUUUUGAGUAUGGUAAUUAACUAAUUAUAAAAAGUGUUGUACUGCAAUAAAACUUUAAAAUAGAUUAAUAAGACACAAACAAAUUGUGUCAAUAUAACAAUAUAAGUUACGCUUUAAUAAUAUUAUACAUUUAUACACAAGUAAACGUUUCGGCACAUGCCUUCAUCAGUACAAACAAAAAAACACAUUUAAAUAAGUAUAAAUUGAAUUUACAUAAUAUAAAUAUACAUAUCCUACCUAAAAAAGAAAAAAAAUAGGAGAGGGCGCUGAAACCAGACAAAAACAAAGUAAAGAGGAGUAGAAAGGAAGUGAUUUGAACAUAAUUGUAAAAACCAUACAGGAAAAAUACAUGGCAGCUAGGUAAAAUUGUGGAUUUGGUUCAUUCCAUCUGGAGACAACGUACCAAAUCUUGUUAUUAAUUUGUUCUCCAUAUAGAUUCUAUCUGUAGUGUUAAGAGUAUAGAAUAUACCAGUAACUGCGAUGUCUGAGAUACCAUCAUGGUUAGGGCUAUUGAAAUGUUUGGAGACCGGUAUGGUAAAAUUGUUUCAGCAACUUAUUUCAUAUUCCUUUUACUCUUCUAGGAACCUGAUGACUUGUUUGAAACCAUCUCUCAAGCACUGAUGAAUGCUUUUGAUCGUGAUGCAGUCUCAGGCUGGGGGGCUGUAGUAUAUAUUAUGUAAGUUCUUAUAAGCUAUUUGAAAAAUUCAAUAUCUACCUGUUGCUCUGAAGUAAUUAUAAAUUUUUUUUAAAUUUUAAAUAAAGGAGAAAUAUUUACAUGUCUAAAUAUUAUAUACAGUCUAUAUAUAUAUGUCUAUAUAUCUAUAUAUAGAUAUACAAGGGUAUUAUGUAUAUAUUUCUUCUUGAAUUAAAAUAAAAAGCUAUUUUAAAAAUUGAAAUUAACGAGUUUUAAUUAUUUAGUUUGUAAUUGUUUUUUUUUUUUUUCAGUUAACAUUUAAUUUGUUCUCCUUGGGUUUUUCAAUUUGGCAGGAUUAAUAAUAUAAUUUUUCAUUUGUUUAUUUAUUCAUUCAGAGAAAAAGACAAAAUUACCAAGAAAUUUUUGAAGACAAGGCAAGAUUAAUGCCACUUUAAUGAAGAUUUCCAUCAUGUCAGUAGUCACUAUUUACAUGCCUGGUAAUGUGGGGUGGGGUUUGUGUUAACAUUUUUCAUUGGUUUGACUUUGUUAUGAAAGUUGUCAUUUUGAUGAAUCUGAAUGUGAAUAAUAAAAGAACAAUACCAUAGUUAUUUUUUUAGUUGUAUUUGUAUGGAGAAACUAGAAGUUUGUUAUAUUAGUUAUAUAUGAUAAAAUUAGCUGUCUUAAUAUAGUUGACGGAAUAUUAUAAAAUUUUAAAGAUUGAACAGAAAUUCAAUUAUGUUCUUCAAAUGAUUGCUAAAUUCAAAAUAAGCUUUGAAAAUUUUAAGUACCGUUAUAAAAUGUUGACUAAAUUGAUCUGUUAUAAAGAGUUAUCAUGCACAAACUUGAUACAAAUUACAGCUAUGAUAACAACAUUUGGAAAAUCAGUUCUGUUGAAGAUGAAGUGACUGAAAAGGAGAUUUGGACUUUCAAUUUGUUAGAACUUUGUAAAAAAAAAAGAUUUGUUUGGAUUAAAUUAUUUAACACCAGUUACUUGGUACUUAUUUUCAGAUUUUGACCCCAGGAGCCUUAGGUCAUAGCCGUAUAAUUAUGAAAAAAUAUGUACCGGUACACUAGUUGCAAUAUAGGUAUCAUGUGAUAGCAGCUGCCAAAUUAAAAGGAGCCCUACUUUUUCUCAAAUCACUAUGAUGUUAAUGUUAUGUACUGAAUGAAUGUUUAAAGCAGGUGUUAGCAUACUAUGGCCCAUAGGCAACAUUCGGCCAGCUAUUUCAGUUUAUCCAUCCCGCAUGGUCGUAAGGGAUUUUGAAGAAAUGGGAGAAUUUGAUAUUGACAUAAGAGAAGAAUUAUCGGCUAACCUAGAGGUGCAUUGAGCAGCCAAGGGGUUAAGAGGAGUAAUUUGGAUUGGACAAAGUUGAAUAUCUUCACUAAAGUUGGUGGUAAAACAUACCCAAUAAGGGAAGGGUUAAAAUUUACAAGGCUGCGCAAUCCAUUAACAGAGAUUGUGUGGAAAAUAUCAGGAUUUUCUUUUCUUCGAGCAACAUGAAUUUUUUUUAUUUAUUUGAUCCCACAGUCUUGCUCAUCAUAUUUUCCAGCAAAUUUCUAACUGAGUCAAUUUGUGGAAUAUCUUGACUUACCCUGCCUCACACAAUGUUUCUUUCAGGCAUCUAGAGCAUUUAUGGAGUAAAAUGUGUACAAAUUUAUUUAACAAACCUCAAAUAAUAACCUUCAUAACAUUUCUUAAAAAGUAUGGUUAAGUAUGCCUUUCUCCAUUUACAGUUAGGAAAAUAGUGGAACCAAUAAACCAUCGCUGCAGUGGAUAUAUUUUUAUGAUCCAAGUAUUAAAGACAAAUCUUGUUACCGUACAUCAUUCAAUUCUAAAUACUGGUAUUUGAAAAUGUUUUGACUGAUUAUUGGACAUAAAUUCUUUUCAUAGAUAGAAAUCUUUUAAUUAACAUAAAAGUUGCAUAUUUUGUUAGAUAAAGAGUUAAACUUCUAUCUCAUAUAAAUUUUAUUUGUGUAGGAUUAGUAUAAGUGAGUCAAAAAUCAACCUCAAAAACCCUAAAAAUAGGGUAAAAGGCAGAUUUUUUGUUUUGUACUACCUACUUUAAAUAUUUAAACUUUUGAGCAAGAACACCAAUAUUGAAACAUCUAGGAUUAUUAGUUUAGUAGUUAUGGUUCCACAAAAAUGGGCGAUUUGACAAAAUGAAAAAUAGCCAAUUUUUAUUGAAUUUUUAGCAACUUUUAAAACUUCAUAACUUUUUUAUUUAUUGAGCUAUUGUUUAUACAUUGUAAUAAAACAGGUAUCAAAAUUCUUAUAUUAAAAAGUUCUGUCAAGUGGAAUCUUAAAAGAGACUAAAUUUAAAAAUAAAUUUUGGUUAGUACUGCGUAAUAUUAGUUAUUAAUUUUUGAAAUAUCAUCAUCCUUAAUUAAAAAUAUAGUACUCCCAUAGCUUAUAAAUUUUAAUUUAAUCCAUUUCAUGAAGGUUGAGCCUCAGAAAAAUGAAAACUUAAAUAAAUCGAUAUUUAAAAAAAAUGUUUUUUAUUGUGUGCAUUAUUAAGCACCGGCCUCAUCAAGUAUAAUUGAGUUUCAACAUUGCUAUUUUCUUUGAAUUUAGUGACAGCGUCAAGUUCUGUGGUUUACAUGUAAUGUAAUAAAGUAACACCAAAUUUUUCAUGGAUAUAUUAUACAAUUUCAAACAUCCUUUCUGUUUUUGAUUAAAGA